AUGUCGGGCAUCCCGGUCUACACUUCCAGUCCUAUCAAAGCAUCGAAGCCAACUGCUACCACUCCACAGACUGUCAAUCCGGAGGCUCUACACUCACCUCUUGUUCCAAACCCAGCUUCUGCCACCACUACAGCUUCGGUAUCAUCCACGUCAUGCCCCCCAGCUCGAACAGACAUGAAAGCAUUUCCCACUCCAACUUCUGCAGCGCAACCACUUUAUGCACCCAUUCGACCAACGCCCACGGCCAAGACUGACUCUGAACCUCCAGCACCCCAGCCUGGAGCUAUACCUACGCCUUUUGAGAAAAGUGCUGUCCCGCCUCCCCCAAAACUGGGCGAAAACUACCAUCCCCAACAGACAGAAGCUCCGGCGCCGUCCAGCACUUACUCAUACCCACCUCAAAUGGCCUAUUCUCCGCCGACAACGACAUACGAUCCACAAACUUCAAGUUCAUCAACAAGCGCGGCAAACAUACCGUCAGUGCCUUGCCCUGUUGCCAUUCCUCCUGGUGAGAGUCUUAGGCGAAGUUUAGAGCAUCCUCCGGGAUAUCACCAAAAUGUUUAUACAUCAGAGCUCACCAGCGACCAGAGACGUGCCCAACAAACGGAACAGGCAACGAACUUCUCUGGUAUGGGGACUCGGGAUACAGGAAAUGCAGGCGGCUAUGACCCUGAGGGCGUUUGGAAUGCAGCCAAAAAAUGGGCACAGACUGCUGGAGAAAAGAUAUCUGUAGCCGAAGCAGAAAUGUGGAAGAAGAUCAACAAGGAGUGA